ACCAGGCCCAUAUGCGCACACGUAGUAAUAUUGGUUCUGGGCUUGUCUUCCAUAGCUAAAGAGUCAAAAUCAAAGAACGAAGAAGUUGGGUGUAUCUUCUUCUCUACCACGGCGCCCUACUCCGAUCUUGCCUUAUCGAUUCUCGCCGUUUCUUUCUGCGCUUGAUGUUGGUUAUAUAGUUUGGGAUUUUCCGUAAACAUAAUGGCAAACUAUUCUGCAAAAGGAGCCCCUUCAAAUGGAUCUGUGUAUGUUUGCAAUUUGCCACCUGGAACAGAUGAAGAUAUGUUAGCUGAACAUUUUGGCACGAUUGGCUUGCUAAAGAAAGAUAAAAGAACAGGGAAACCAAAGAUAUGGUUAUAUCAUGACAAAGUAACAAACGAACCUAAAGGAGAUGCUACAGUGACAUACGAGGAUCCAUAUGCUGCACAAGCUGCUGUAGAAUGGUUUAACAAUAAGGAGUUUCACGGGAAUAUCAUCGAAGUUCUCAUGGCACAGUCAAAAAAUUCACAAAAUGCGGUGGCACCAUUUGCUGACUCAAGUUUGGUCAAUGAUGUGGGACCCGAUGAAACUGAACGCGACAUGAGUGAAAGUGGGGCCCGUGGUAGAGGUCGUGGUGAUCCUUCCGGAAACGUUCCACCAAAAGCAUGGCAACAAGAUGGUGACUGGACGUGUCCGAAUACAAGUUGCACGAAUGUAAACUUUGCAUUUCGUGGCGUGUGCAACCGUUGCGGAAGUGCUCGACCCGCUGGUGCAUCGGGUGGUGGUGCAGGUGGUGGUGGUCGGGGCAGGGGUCGUGGUGGCGGUCCUGAUUCUGGCGGUGGUCGAGGUGGGGUCGGUGGUCCUACUGGCCUUUUCGGUCCUAAUGAUUGGUCUUGUCCAAUGUGUGCUAACAUCAACUGGGCAAAACGGUUAAAAUGCAACAUAUGUAACACUAACAAACCCGGUGUUAGUGAAGGGGGUGUGAGAGGAGGACGUGCUGGUGGAUACAAAGAACUUGAUGAAGAAGAGUUAGAGGAAACAAAGAGGCGUAGGCGGGAGGCUGAAGAAGAUGAUGGUGAAAUGUAUGAUGAAUUUGGAAACUUGAAGAAGAAGUUUCGUGUGAAAGCACAACAAGCUGAAGUUGGUCAAGUGUUACCGGGAACCGGGCGUGCAGGCUGGGAGGUUGAGGAGCUUGGGAUGAGUGACAAAGAUAAAAGAGAAAGAAGCAGGGACAGAAGGGAGGAAAGAGAAACCGGCAAGAAUCGGAGGAGGAGCAGAAGUCGUGAGAGGGAUAGGGGUCGGGAAAGAGAACGGGACCGGGAUCACGGUUAUGAUAGAGACAGAGAAUAUGGUCGGGACCGAGAGCGGGACAGGGACCGGGACCGUCACAGGUAUCAUCAUUAGUUUCUUAAACUAUAAAACUUGUGUCAUUUAAGAUUUUUGGGACAACCGCUUAUUUUGGGUUCUGCGUUUGCUUUGUGAAGUAUUUGUAUCCUGGCACUGUUUCAUUUUGCAAACUUGAGUUAUUUUGGUAUUUAAAUGGAAUGUUAUCGCUAUUCUCGUUAAA